UCUGCAUUGCCUACGGUAAACCCAGCAUGACAGCCCAUGCAUUAGUUUAUUUUGUCAUUAUUAUAAUUAUUAAUAAUGUUAACGCUGGGUGGGAUGCUGAUCCGUCGAUCCGCCCUAAAAUGAAACGGCGUAUGGGUUACCUUGGUGUUCCAACAAAACACCGUCUUGCACUUCGUACCGUCGAGGAUGACAUGCAACAAAAUAUGAUAUAUAUGCACUCGGCUAUUCUGCAAUUUAAAAGUGAUAUCAAUCAUUUAAAGUCUUACAUACCUUUAAUACAAACGUUUGAACAGCUUUUGGAUGAUUGUGAAGCUAUACAAGUACAAACAGCUACAACACCUAAAAAUGGACCGACGUAUCCUACAGAACCUCCAACAAACAACAAAUGGUUCUGGUACGAUCCAUACAAAAUUAAGCACAUCAGGCACCACCACAAAGACUACAACAGUCACCACCACAGAGAGCACAACAGUCACCAACGACACGAAUAUAGAGAACAUUCCAAGUAGCAAAACAGUAACAACCAACGCUAAAUGCACUUCGUCGUCAGCUGAAUGUGCUCCGUUCUAUGAAGAUCAUACCAGAUAAAAAUUUAAUCUUGAAUCUCGCAGAAUAAUUAAUUGAACCAUGGUAAUGCAAAAAAAACUUGUGGUUUUAUUUAUUACUAACUCCUAGAAACCUGUGUACAAGCAAAUAACUUCAAACAGUGUCCACGCACCAUUACCCGCCAAAGUAUUUGUAAAAUAAGAAGGUAAUCAAACAGUCGUAUAAUAAAUGUUUAUUUGGAA